GCCGGUAGAUGGCGUCAAUGUUAGUUCUCGGAGGGUAGGGACGAGACUGAAUAUAUUCACCGGUAGAUUAUACUGUGUAAGUGUAGCAAAAUAAGGAUAUAAAAAUAGUUAACACGUGGUUAGUGUGGUCUCGUGAAAGUAGAAGUUGGAAGUGUAUUUGUUGUUUAUGAAAAUGAGAAUACUCUAUUCUAAAAUACCCCUGUUAUUGAAACGUGCCGAAGGAAAAUCAAUUUUCGUGUUUACAAGGAGGCUCGCUAAGCGGUAUUUACAUACAGAAGAGGCAGCUUUGUAUAUCCAUUGGCCAUACUGUGAGAAACGUUGUAUUUAUUGCAACUUCAACAAGUAUGUUCAGCAUUCUAAUAAUGAGGAUGUUAUUCAAGCUUGUCUUCUGAAGGAAGCUCGCACACUUAUUAAACUCAGCCAAGUCAGCAGGAUCUCUUCUGUGUAUUUCGGUGGUGGCACACCUAGCCUUGCCAGCCCUCAUACAAUUGGUGCUAUUUUAGAAGUUAUAUCUCAGAGUUCAUUGCUACCAUUAAAUGCUGAAGUUACUCUGGAGGUUAACCCUACAUCUAUUCACAAAAGUCGGCUGCAGCAGUUCCGUGAGGUUGGGGUAAACCGCAUUUCUAUUGGUGUACAAUCACUUGACGAUUUUGAACUGCACCUUUUGGGUAGAACUCACUCUGCCUUUGAUGCUCAGCAAACUAUUGAGGAGGCUUGCAGGCUCUUUCCUGGCUAUACGUCCGUGGAUGUAAUGUUUGGGCUACCAUGGCAAAGUUUGACAUCCUGGUGUAGUACCCUGAGGAGGCUGCUGGCACAAUGUGAUGAUCAUGUGUCCUUAUACCAGCUAACUGUGGAAAGAGGAACUGGUCUCUUCAAACUAAUUCAGUCAGGAUGCCUUUCUGUCCCAGACCAAGAACAGACUGCCCAAAUGUAUGAUUGUGCCAGAAAAAUGUUGCAUGAGGCUGGUUUCCAGCAAUAUGAAGUUUCUAACUUUGCCAGAAAUGGAAAAAUCAGCAAGCACAAUCUAUCCUAUUGGCUUGGGAAGCAGUACAUUGGAAUAGGUCCAGGAGCGCAUGGCAGGUUUGUGGCUCGGGCAAAUGGUGGUACUCGAAGACAGGCCCGUAUUCAGACUCUAGAACCUGAUCCAUGGAUGAUGGAAGUGAUCCAACAUGGGCAUGGUACACGGAAAGUGAUUGAACAGAGUCAUCUGGAUGUACUAUUAGAAGUGCUGGCUCUUGGGCUCCGGACAGACAUUGGAAUAACUCAUGAGAGCUGGCAACAGCAUUCUCCAUUCCUCGGUUUGCAGCAUAUUUUUGAUGCAUCUGAUGAACUAAGGGAGCUUCGGCAACAGGAAUUUUUCCUGCUUGAUGAAAGGGGUCUCCGGUGCUCGUGGAAAGGACUUGCUGUUCUGGACUGUCUGUUGGUGCCGCUUGUGUCACAGAUCCAAGAUUCGUGGACUGAUGCAAUUAUGGAUGUCUGAAGCAUACACAGUUACCAUCAUUAGACUCAAUUCCACCCUUGUCCCUCUAUUCAGUUUGGAUAAAUGACGUGUGUUUAAAUGUUUUUCGAUUCAGUUGCAUAAAUAAAAUGUGCCUCAAUAAAAGUUACACAUCCAGCGGU